AUGCCGUGUUAUGCUGAUACCAUUGUAAAGAUCAAAUUAGUUCGUCAGACCGAAAAACAGAAUAGCAAGUUGCUGGUAUUGUGGGCUAUUGGUGUUUAUCCUGUUGAACUUGAGGACAACGAAAUCGAGAUGGUUUUGUUUGUAUCUCUUGAGUCUCACGAAAAAGAUUUUGAAACUCAGGCAAUUUUUGAGAAAGAUAGUUUUUAUUCUGUCAGGGGUAAGAUCGUACCUACGUAUUAUGUGGGAAAUAAUUCUUAG